UUUUCUUUCAUUUCUGUUUCUAUUUUCAUUCUGUUUGGAUCUUUAAUUGGUGUUAAUUUAAUUUCACCUUUUUGAUUAACUUUUCUUUCUUUUUUAAUUUAAUCAUCUUUUUCCACCAUUUAUGCUUUUCACUGACAAAAUUAAUUUCUAUUUAUAAGGUUUACAACUUUUAGAAACCAUUUUAAAACAUCAUCGCUAUGCCUGACUCAAAGCUCUAUGAUCUAUUAGGAGUUCCUAGAACUGCCUCUGAACAUGAUAUUAAAAAGGCUUAUCGUAAACUGGCUAAAGAGUUUCAUCCGGAUAAGAAUCACAAAUCAGAGGAUAAGUUCAAAGAUAUUUCCUAUGCUUAUGAUGUUCUAAGCAAUCCAACCAAGAAAAAUGUCUAUGAUAGAUUCGGAAUGAAAGGCCUACAAGAAGGUGUACCUGAAGGACCCGAAAUAGCCGAUGAUUUUAUCUCUCAAAUUUUGGGAGACAAUUUAUUUAACUUGGGUGGUAUGCAUCGAAGACGAGCAAAGGGUCAAGAUUUUGUCCACACCUUAGAUGUCACGUUGGAAGAUUUAUACAAUGGUAAAGUCACGAAAUUAUCAUUCAACAAAGAAAUUGUUUGUCGCACUUGCCAUGGAGCUGGUGCUAAACCUGGAACCUUACACGCUUGUGCGUCCUGUAAUGGUUAUGGCGCAAAAAUGUCAUACCUUGAACUUGGACCUGGUAUGAUGCAACAAUUUCAACGUCCAUGUUUAGAUUGCAAAGGAGAGGGACGAGUUUGUAGUGAAAAUCAUCGGUGUAAAACUUGUGGUGGUAAUCGUAUUUUACCAGAAUCAAAAGUGGUAGAGGUAAACAUUGACAGAGGAAUGAAAAAUGGUCAGAAAAUAGUUUUCCGUGGUGAAGGAAACGAGAAGCCGGGAAUUGAGGCAGGAGAUGUUAUCAUUCAAUUGAAUGCUAAACCUCAUGAUGUAUUCACCGUUAAUGGAAUAGAUUUGGUUAUUCCAAUGGAAUUGUCAUUAACACAAGCUCUUUGUGGUUCCAUUCCAAUUAAACACUUGGAUGGACGUCAAUUAAUAGUUCGCAGUAGCCCAGGAGAAGUUAUUGUUCCCAAUACAAUUAAGGCGAUUAAAGGAGGUGGUAUGCCAGUGUAUAAAGAUCCAUUUUCAAAAGGAGAUUUGAUAAUUAAAUUCCAGAUAAACUUUCCUGACUCUUAUUUUGCUCCCAAUGAAGAGAAAUAUCUUGAUAUUGAGAAAAUUUUACCACGAGAGAAGCAAGAAAAGUUUGACCUUAAAGCUGAAGACGUUGAAGAGGUUGGUCUUCAUGAAUACGUCCCAUCAGAAUCAAAUGGUCAUUCCAGUCGUAUGGCUUAUGAGGAUGAUCAUGAAGAAAGCGGCGGUGGCGGCGGUGGAGUUCAAUGUGCAGCCCAUUGAAACAAUCUCUACACCGAGGAAAGUUUAACAAGUAACCCAACUAUUUAUGGUGCAAUAAUCCAACGGAUUUUGAGUAUUUUCAAUCACUGGAGAGACAACUGCUCAACACCAUAUUUAUACAGAACCAUUAGGAUUUAAUUUCUCAAUUAAUAUUGUUUCAAAUGAGAAAUGUUUAGCAUAAUCCUAAUCCCAAUCUCUAUCUAUUUCUCACUCAUUCUCUCUCUCUCUCUCAUUCUUUAAAUUACUCGCUUUUGCUGAUUUUCCUUUUCUUUUUUCCUGAAUCAUCUAACAUGGAAAGAAACCUGGAAAUUAAUGAUUAACAUCAUUCAAAGAUUCACCGAAUUUACAAAAGCCAAUAAGAAAAUUAAUCAAGUGUAAUCAUAUACAUAUUGUUGUUUGUAAUGAUUGUUGAUGAUUAUAAGAGUUUUCCAUUUCAUUUUGAUUUAGUUCAAAUGAAAGUUUCAUCUUAAUCUUUUUUUUUUGUAAUUACCAUGAUAUCUCUCACUCUGAAUAUAUAAUCCUAAAAGUAUUCGUGAGUUAAUAUCCCUUUGCUUGUAUACAAAAACUAAAACAAAAGCACCUUCACACUCUCUAAAUACAAUCACAAUUAACGUAAACAAAUCAACACAAUUAAAAGACAAAAAAAAAUCAAAACGAGAGACAAUAAACAAUUUAAAAAGUCGAAAAAAAAACAA